AUGUCCGUUGCCAACAACAGCAACACAAGAUCACAACACCCGUCAAAGAGCCCAGCGCCACCCCACGAUGAGGCUCAAGUCGCCAAGAUCCCGCACUUCCUCCCUCACGAGCGCGUCUUUCCCAUCCAGAUAGGCAAUGAGCUGUUCAAGCUCUCUGGCGCAUCUAUUUCAUCCGAUGCGCCGUCGUACUUCUCCCAAUACUUUUACUGCCAGGUCAAAAAGGCACAAGAAACCGGCGAGGACCUCUCCAAUGCCAUUCGCACCUUAUAUAUCGACCGCGAUCCGCAGACCUUUGCCGAUAUCUCCCUCCACCUUCAGGGCUAUCAUGUCAAGCCCCGGGACGGCACGCACUUUGUGCGACUCUUUGCCGAUGCGCAAUUCUACAGCUUGCCCAAGUUGAUAUCACAGCUCUACGAAGAGUCAAUAUUCAUCUCCAUCGGCCACCGCGAGUUCCAGAUCCCCCGCGACAUCUUCACCGACCCAGGGAAUUCGCCCAACUUCUUCUCCCUCGGCUUCGCAGUCUUCUUCUCCAAUCCCGAAGACCUUUUCCCCGGCCUCGACCGCGAAGGCCUCCUCCGCCCACCCUCCAUCUUGCCGCCCUCCGUCCCGAACCGCUCCGCCGACACCUUUGCCGAGAUCCUACACCUCCUGCGCGGAUACCCCGUCACGAUCCGCAACGAGACGCACCGCGCCGAGCUACUACGGGACUGCCGCUACUUUAACUUCAAAGGCCUAGAGCAGAAACUCAUCCCCCACCACAUCAGCCACAACCAAAGCCGCCGGCGUGAGGAAAUCCUUCUGCGCCUGGAAGACAUACUGAAAAGCGGCAUCAGCGUCGCCGCGGACGUGUCAGCCUCCCCCGCCGAUCACCUCUCUGGCUGGGUGAAUUACGCCCGCCCCUACGUCGACGACCGCGCAGCGGAGCUGGUCCUCGAAAUCGGCGGCGAGAGCACCCGCCUCCACUUCCACUCCGGCUCCGGCUCCGUCCGCGCCGAGUUCUUCAAGGACACCCGCGCCCGCGUGGCGCGCCUGUUCGAGGUCGUGGCCACCAAGCUCAACCUCCCGCCGACGACCCAGCCCCUCGGUCUCCUCAUGGCCUCGGGCGGCGCCGGCAGCCAGCCCCCAACGCCGGGACACACUCCGCUGAGCGAGGACCUCGUGCGCGUGUCCAUCGACAGCGACACCUCCAUCACACUCGACGGCAGACCACACACGCUAGACUUUGAAGACUUGCAACCGACCGCCAAUAACCCCAUGUCCGCGGCCUCGAGUACCGCCGAAUCGCCGACGGCGACGACGGCGUUUCAGCCCAACUCGCGCAAGCGGAGACGAGUCGAUUCGCACGGCUUCGCGACCGCAGGCCAGGGCCAGGCGGCGCUCGCGGCCGAGGAGUGGGUAGUCCGGACGGGCCAGUGGAGGCUCAAGAUUCAGGGGUCGCGCGGCGGGAAGAGCUCCGUGGAGUGCGUUCUCGUUGCCGUCAAGCUCGAUGCGUAUAGCUCGGAGAAUGCAAGGAAUGCGACCAGGGGGUUCUUGAACGGGUGA